AUGAUGAAGCAAUGGGUCAUUGACCACCCAGAGAAAGACAUGGGGGGGAUGGAUUUGAAAGAAGCGCCUCUUCCGACGGUUGGUACCAAUGAAGUCAUGGUGAAGUUUGAGGCCGUCGCCCUCAACUACCGCGACUGUGCUAUUGCUAAGGGUACCUUCCCUUUUGCUCACAAAUACCCCAUCGUUCCCGUGUCCGAUGGUGCUGGCGUGGUCGUCGAGGUUGGUGGUAAGGUCCGAGAGUUCAAGAAGGGGGACUCGGUCAUUACCAUCUUCAACCAGGGGCAUCAGUAUGGUGACAUCGAUCCAUACGCUGCCUCGACUGGCGUCGGAGGUACGAUAGACGGGUGUUUCCGCAAGUUCGGCGUGUUCAACGAAACGGGGCUGGUGAAAGCCCCAAAGAAUCUCACUCCGUUGGAAAGCAGCACCUUGCCUGGUGCAGCCCUCACCAGCUGGAACGCACUAUAUGGGCUGAAACCAGUCAAGGCAGGCCAAUGGGUUCUCGUUCAAGGAACUGGGGGUGUUAGCAUUUCUGGUUUACAGUUAGCCAAAGCUGCGGGUGCUAGUGUUAUCGCCACUACUUCAUCGGAUGCAAAGGCCGAAGAGCUGAAGAAGCUCGGCGCCGAUCACAUCAUCAAUUACCGGACUGUCCCGAACUGGGGUGAGGUAGCGCGAAGCCUUACUCCCGACCACGCCGGAGUUGACCAUAUUUUGGAUAUCGGCGGCACGGAGACAUUAGAGCAGAGCCUAAAUUGUAUCAAGAUGGAAGGCAUUAUCAACUUGAUUGGAUUUUUGGGCGCAAGUGAAAAGCCUCAGCCUGGACUUCUAGAUGCUUUGAGCCACAUCUGCACGAUCCGGGGUCUCUAUGUCGGGAGCCGUGCUAUGCUUCAAGACAUGGUUCAGGCUUUUGAGAGCAAUGACAUCCACCCGGUGAUUGAUCGUCAGGUCUUCCAGUUUGAACAGGGCAAAGAAGCCUUCGAAUACUUGGCCGCCCAGAGACACUUCGGCAAAGUCGUCGUUCAAAUCAAUCACAGCGAUUAA